CUCGACCAGGAUCGCCGUCCCGGCGCGAGAAUGCAGCCGGGCUUGCCGUCGUGCAGCCCUUUUUGCUUCGGCUCGUCGUCAGCGACGCGCCAGUCCUGGCGCAGCCGCCCCGCCGUGCGGUCCACGGCCUUGCAGCCCGUCGACGCGCCCGACGACGUGACCGCGGCCGAGAUGGAGGCCUUCAUGGACCACAUCCAGCCGAGCUUGUACCAGCCGCCCGACGACAGCGACAUCGCCCAUGAGUUCACGGCGUGGCUGGCGGCGCGCCGCGAGACGUUGCGGACCGCCGCCGGUGCAGGCCGCCCUCGCGACUCGCAGGCCGACGUCGCCGCACCCGACGCCGCCGGCGGCGAGGAGUCGCCCGACAACGAGACGGGGCGCGCGACUCCGCCCGCACCUGCGCCGGCGGCGGCGUCCGGCCGCCGGCGCCGGCGCAAGCCGCUCGCCGGCGGCGGCGGCGGCGAGAAGGAGAACGCGGACGUCGAGAUGGACGCGCUCAUGGUCGAGCGGCCCCGGCCUGCGCAGACGGAGCAGCGCUGGCGCGCCGUCCUUGCCGCGCGCCACGAGGAUUACGACCGGGAGCUCGAGAAGGACAACCCGGAGCGGCCGUGGCACAGGGUGCCACACUUCCAGGGCGACGUCGAGGCGGAGUGCAAGCUGUGGGCAAGGGUCGUGCGCGCGCUCGGCGAGGCCUACGCGCGUCACCACUGGCGCAUCGAGACCAUCGAGUUUGACCCCAAGCGACCCGGGCAAGCCAAAACCGCGCGCGCCACGCGCCACAAGAGGCUGCGGGAGGCGGCGAAGCGGGCGGAGAGCAAGGCUGCGGCUGCCGCCGCCGCCACCGCGACGCCGUCGCCCGCCGCCGCCGCCGCGGCGGCGGCGGAGGCCUCGGAGGGCGCGGCGGCGGAGGAGGAGCUGAUCGCGGUGCGCCGAGCGCAGGCAGAAAAGACGGCUGCACGGCUGUUCGAGCAGCUGGAGGACGGCGAGGAGGAGGGGGAGGGGGAGGCGGCUCGCGAGGCGUCAGCGCGCACGCUAUCCAUCGCCACUGAUGCCUUGCUGGGCGUUCUCGACGCGGCCGACGGAGGCACCGUCGAGACGAAGGACGCGUACCAAACGGCGGACAAGCCGCUGGGCGAGG